AUGGCGACAAAGAUGCUUCAGACGGCCGAGCGGUCACUCAAGAUCUUACCUGCUGAGCUCUGUCUGGCAGCAGUCCUACGAAAUGGUCAAUCGUUCAGAUGGCACAAACGUAUCACUUGCCAGGGCGAGCUUUGGUCUAUCGCGUGGUCUGACCGUACGAUCGAGCUGCGACAAGAUGGCACGGCGAUCUACUAUCGAGCUCUGUACCCUCUGAGCGCGCAAAAAGAGCACGAGCUAGACGAGGCACAAGCGACGACGCUAGCCAUACUACGACGGUAUCUGUCGCUGUCUAUUUCGCUCAGCGAUCUGUACGCUCACUGGUCCAGCCGGGAUCCCAACUUUGUCAAGCAGACCGAUAAUGGCAGAUUCGGCGGCAUCCGAGUCCUGCGGCAGCCCAUCUGGGAGACCAUCGUCGCUUUCAUCUGCUCGUCCAACAACAACAUUGCCCGUAUAGGCUUGAUGAUCUCACGGCUUUGCGAGUCGCUCGGAAGCAAGAUGCCGAGCUCAGAUUCGGCCGAAGAGGCGACGGUCAUGUACAGCUUCCCCAGCCCUGAAGCGAUCGGCCAAGCCGGUAACGAGACCCUGUUGCGCCAGCUCGGCUUUGGCUAUCGCGCAGAGUAUGUUGUCAAGACGGCUCAGAUGGUGCAGGAGCUCGCAAAAGCGCACAAUGCCUCACUAGCGCCCGGCGAGCAUCUCGGCGUGGAAGCCUAUCUCGACAGCUGGUCAAAGCUAUCCUACACAGAUGCACGCGAGCAGCUGUUACAGCUCUGCGGGGUCGGUCCCAAAGUGGCAGACUGUAUUGCCCUCUUUGGGCUAGGCUUCGCCCAGACGGUACCGGUCGAUCGACAUGUAUGGCAAAUUGCCAUACGAGACUAUCACUUCAACAUUGGCAAAGGUCGAGAGAAAGACGGUCCGAUGAGCAAGGAGAUCUAUGUGAGAGUGCAGACGAAGCUCCAAGAUCUCUGGGGCGACUAUGCUGGUUGGGCCCAGCAAGUCUUGUUCACCGCCGACUUGCGCUCGUUCGCAAACUAUGAGAACGCCUUGCUGGACAGCAAGAUCAACGUCAUAGCAGACGUUGAUUCAAGUGCAAGUGUCAAGAGCGAAGAGGCAACCACUGAAAUGGAAGGCGAGGAUAUCGCAGCACUCGUUCACACACCUGCUCCCCGAAGAACCCGCAAGGAGUUACUGACGAGCACGAAGAAGCGUCGUAUCGUCAGAAGCGCCAUCGAAGCUUACCCGACGCCGAGUGCUACGCCGGUCAAAAGCGAGAGCGAAGUGGCGGAUGUCUCUUUGGGCGCAACGGAGCAUCAAAUCGAUGUCAAACUCGGGCGGCGAUCGAGCAAACGUCCAUGA